ACAGGUCCUGGGGGUUAGUUACAGCUGCUGAGGGUCAUAUACAGGUCCUGGGGGUUAGUUACAGCUGCUGAGGGUAAUAUACAGGUCCUGGGGGUUAGUUACAGCUGCUAAGGGUUAUAUACAGGUCCUGGGGGUUAGUUACAGCUGCUGAGGGUCAUAUACAGGUCCUGGGGGUUAGUUACAGCUGCUGAGGGUAAUAUACAGGUCCUGGGGGUUAGUUACAGCUGCUAAGGGUUAUAUACAGGUCCUGGGGGUUAGUUACAGCUGCAGAGGGUUAUAUACAGGUCCUGGGGUUAGUUACAGCUGCUGAGGGUUAUAUACAGGUCCUGGGGGUUAGUUACAGCUGCUGAGGGUUAUAUACAGGUCCUGGGGGUUAGUUACAGCUGCUGAGGGUUAUAUACAGGUCCUGGGGGUUAGUUACAGCUGCAGAUGGUUAUAUACAGGUCCUGGGGGUUAGUUACAGCUACUGAGGGUUAUAUACAGGUCCUGGGGUUAGUUACAGCUGCUGAGGGUUAUAUACAGGUCCUGGGGGUUCGUUACAGCUGCUGAGGGUUAUAUACAGGUCCUGGGGGUUAGUUACAGCUGCUGAGGGUCAUAUACAGGUCCUGGGGGUUCGUUACAGCUGCUGAGGGUUAUAUACAGGUCCUGGGGGUUAGUUACAGCUGCUGAGGGUUAUAUACAGGUCCUGGGGGUUAGUUACAGCUGCAGAGGGUUAUAUACAGGUCCUGGGGGUUAGUUACAGCUGCUGAGGGUCAUAUACAGGUCCUGGGGGUUCGUUACAGCUGCUGAGGGUUAUAUACAGGUCCUGGGGGUUCGUUACAGCUGCUGAGGGUAAUAUACAGGUCCUGGGGGUUCGUUACAGCUGCUGAGGGUAAUAUACAGGUCCUGGGGGUUAGUUACAGCUGCUGAGGGUAAUAUACAGGUCCUGGGGGUUAGUUACAGCUACUGAGGGUCAUAUACAGGUCCUGGGGGUUAGUUACAGCUACUGAGGGUAAUAUACAGGUCCUGGGGGUUAAUUACAGCUGCUGAGGGUAAUAUACAGGUCCUGGGGGUUAGUUACAGCUACUGAGGGUCAUAUACAGGUCCUGGGGGUUAGUUACAGCUACUGAGGGUAAUAUACAGGUCCUGGGGGUUAGUUACAGCUACUGAGGGUCAUAUACAGGUCCUGGGGGUUAGUUACAGCUGCUGAGGGUCAUAUACAGGUCCUGGGGGUUAGUUACAGCUGCUGAGGGUCAUAUACAGGUCCUGGGGGUUAGUUACAGCUGCUGAGGGUAAUAUACAGGUCCUGGGGGUUAGUUACAGCUGCUGAGGGUUAUAUACAGGUCCUGGGGGUUAGUUACAGCUGCUGAGGGUUAUAUACAGGUCCUGGGGGUUAUAUACUGCUCCUGGAGGUUAGUUAUAGCUUCUGAGGGUCAUAUACAGGUCCUGGGCUUAGUUACAGCUGCUGGGGUUCAUAUACAGGUCCUAGUUGUCAUAUACUAGUCCCAAUGGCCAUUUACAGUUGUUGAGGGUCAUUUACUGGUUCUGGGGUUCAUAUACUGUUCCUUGGAAUAAUUUACUGCUGUUUAUGGUCAUAUACAGGUCCUGGUGGUCAUGCACUGGUCACAGUGGUCAUUUACAGCUGUUGAGGGUCAUAUAUUAGUACUGGGGGACAUUUACAGAUGCUGAUGGUCAUAUAGGGUCAGUUACAGCUGGUGAUGAUCGUAAGUAGGUUCUAGUGGUUGUAAAUAGAUUUUGAAGGUUAUAUUCAAGUCCUUAGGGUCAUAUACUGGCCUUGGUGGCUAUAUACAGGUUUGAAGGUCAUACCUACACGGGGGCACACACAGAUGCAGUUUGCCAGUUACAUGGAAUCUGUACCCCAGAGAAUAGAGGGAAAGCUCUGCACCCUACCCAUAGAGCAGAGACAUGCUGACUUGCCUAACCAGAAGGCUCCCCUACCUGGAAGGUGCAACUAUUUUGUGCAGAGGAAGAAGAGAUUCUGUAAGAUGGUGACAUCUGAAGGCAAGAGAUUCUGUGGGGAGCAUGCAGAGAAUGGAGAGGGUGGGGAUGGAAGGAGGAGGAUCCCUUGUCCCUUGGAUCCCAAACAUACAGUGUAUGAAGACCAGCUCCAGAAACAUGUGAAGAAAUGUAACUCUCGGGAGAAGCCUCAGCCGGUGUAUUAUGUGCAAAAUGUGAACGCUGGACCCCAGGACACAGAUACCUGUGAGAAUCAGGUGACUAUCAGCUCUUUGUCCAAGGAGGAGCUUCUGAGCCUGACGGAGCUGCUGACGCACGUCACUAGUGGGCUGGAACCACCAUUACCAGACAAGAAAUUCUCACAUCAGGCUUUACAGGGAGCACUGAAUGACCCAACCAAUGGAGAGUCUGCCAAAAAGCACCUCAGACAGCAGGAUUCUAUUCUGGGUCACUUGGAAAGUUUGGGCUUGCUUGGGGAUUCUCAUUGUUUUGUGGAGUUUGGAGCUGGACGGGGAAAACUGUCCCACUGGGUUGACAUUGCUACACAUCAGGCUGACAAUGUUCACUUUCUGCUGGUGGAGAGAGCAACUACGAGAUUUAAGGUGGACGGGAAGCUAAGGCACUCUGUGUUUGAGCGGCUUCAUAUUGACAUCCAGCACCUUUGCUUAGAACGGAUCCCCAGCCUCAUACAGAAGCAGCUUCCACUGGUUGGAAUCGGUAAACAUUUGUGUGGAGCAGGAACAGACCUCGCUCUGCGCUGCCUGGUGCCGGAUUACUCUCCAGAUGAGGAGCCCUCAGCAAAGCGAAAUAGAUUAGACCCAUCAGCAGGUGGUUCAAACCUAGAGCCAGUAUGUGCACAGUGCCCUCCAGUGGUGGGGAUCGCCAUUGCUCUGUGCUGUCAUCACCGAUGCGAUUGGCAACACUAUGUAGGGAGAGACUACUUCCAGAGGUUGGGCAUUGGGCACAGGGAAUUUAGUAUCUUCCAACGUAUGUCCAGCUGGGCAACCUGUGGUAUGAGGACACCACACUCUGAGAGGCUACAUGGCAAAGAGGAACAUGGUGUGGAGCAAAGAGAAGGAGAGUGUAACCAGCCUACUGCAGGAGUUUUCACUGUUCAAGAAAGGGAGAAUUUAGGGCGCCUUUGUAAACUGCUGAUAGACCGUGGGCGUGUGGAUUACCUGAGCCGGAAAGGAUACACAGCCACCCUCCGGUGUUACACAGAGCCUGGGGUGUCACUGGAGAACGUGCUGCUCACUGCUGUAACCCAGUAACUAUCAGGGGCGCACACUGAGCUGGAUGAUGCAAGAUCUUUGUCUUACAGAAGUAGAUGCAGUGACUCUGUCGGACGAAAUGGACUAGGGGGCGAGUGAUCCUCCAUUCUCACCAGGAGCCAAUUGUGACCCCUCAGGGAUAAAUAACCGGUUCAGCCAGAGCGACACUUUACUGCACAGGUGACUCGGUUCUGGGAGAUGGCGUUUCUGAAAGACAAAUGGUACCCGUGUUACUCCCUGGAGUAUAGAUGCCAUUCUGCUGUAUGCUCUGACCAUCUGUUUUGGUAAAGAAGACUGUACCUUCCUAGUCUUAUAGUGAUUCUCAAUACAAACAGAUUCAUGGACGUAACUAACAUUUUUAUAAGCAAUUAAAUUACUGUUUUAUACAUUUCAAA